UAUCGUCGCGGACGUAUCCUCGUUCCUUCACUUAGCAAAAACAGUCAUCGCAUCUGCAUUAUUUGCAACUGAUAUUUUCUGUUAAAGUUUUAACUGCAGUUAGCAUUGAUCUAUCGAAUGAACCGAGUAGAAACAACUUUCAUUCGUAGAACUCAGCUCGAAUUCCCAGUAGAACAAGUGAACUGUCAAUGUAAAGGUGCAUGUACUCUGCUAUGCGUACUGUGUUGUACAUAAGUUGCGGGCUCCAGUGACAGCUAGCCAUCAUGUAUUCGAUUGUUCUAGCAGUCAUUUUACUUAUUGUAUGCAGUUCCGUGGGUUUCGCAAACUCGGCCACAAUCCCACUAAAUAAGUGCUGUGACAAUGGAUACAUGCUGAACGAAACCCUCCAGUGUGUUACUAAAACCAACCACUCUAGUUUUAGUCCGAUAAAUGAAACGAAACUUGAUAUUACACAAUCCAUUAAUCAGACUCAAAUUUCAACUGAUAUUUGCAUCGCCGCUUUCAGAAACAACAAUUCUCCAACUUGCAUCGAUUAUCUCAGCAACGGAACUGCAGUAACAUUAAUUUGUCCGAAAAAUCACUACUACAUCAAUAAUUCCACUGACAAUGAAACAGAAACUUCUUCUAAAAAAUGUGAUAGCAUUUUAAAAAUCCUAGAUUUCUGGGGAGCCUCUAUCGUCGUUUUAGCAACAAUCAUCUAUUCAAUACCAUACUUAAUAGUCAUAAUCGUUUACUGCUUGUGUAGCGAUUCCUUGGAUCGCGCUUACGACAGAUCAGUGAUUUGCUUCAACAUUUCUUACUUAACACUGAAUAUUCUUCUGACGACAAUUGGGUUCCUUGAACUCUGUCACCAUAGACUGGAUGAAUACGUCUACGGAAUACUGGGUCUGAGCGUCCUCUACUUGAUUCAGACGUCAGUGAUGUGGCUGUUCGUAAUCUGCUAUGACAUGACUCUUGCGAUCACGCGGUUUCGGUGGGUGCCCGACAGCAGUAAGAACAAAAAAACCGACGAGCGUAAAAAGUUUAUCAUUUAUUCAGCGGCAGUGUGGGGAGUAGCGCUGGUUCCGAUGACAAUUGCUGCUGUCAUGGAGUUCAACACUUGGCUUCCAAAAAACUCGGUCUACAGGCCGAAUUACUCAAGCUUCCAUGGGCAGCACAAGUAUCUGCGUGCAUACAGUUUGACGCUUCCGGUGUUGAUGUUGCUGGCCAAUUCACUGCUCUUUGUAUACACGACGUACAAAAUGAUUAAGAUCCGCAGCAACAAGGCGCUCGCUGAUCACAACAGGACUAAAAAUGUUAAAGAAAAGUAUGUGGUUUAUUUGAAGCUUUAUAUUCUGAUGGACGCUCCUUGGCUAUCUGGAGCGCUGUCGGCAAUCUAUCCAAAUCUUUGGAUCUUGAAGUUUAUCAGGAUAAUACAACCGAUUUUGAUGCUGAUUGUUAUUUUGCCGAAACAACAGAAAGAAUUAUUCGUUCGCUUUUUUAAAACUUGUUGGGGUAAAAGUAAUAAUUGCGGGUUUGACAAGUGUAAGAAAGGGUCAAAAAAGCGAGGAAAUGAAAAUGAACUAGUAGUACAGCUAAAUAAUUAGGAGAACUUGUACAAAUACUGUAAAAUAUAAAUGGGUUGUUUUAACACAUAUGAA